GGCUGUGCGUGCAGAACCUGUACUGCCCUGUGAUGAAUUCAUGUGAAAGUCGUGUUGAGUUAGUAGGAAAUGAAACUUGUUUCUUUUACAAGAAGCAUCUUGGUGCUUACCAGAGACACUUUGUAUGGAGAAAGCCUUGUCUUGGAAGGUUUGUUAGCCAUCCUUUUCUGACCAGCAAAACCUUAUACUUGCUCAUGGACAGACCUUUUAGAAGAGAACUUGAAAAAAUUCUGUGGUUCCAUGAACUGUCUUUCAGGCUGCAGAGCUGAGGUAUUGCAAUGCUCUUCUCCUGGCAUUGUUGUGUCUUGGAUGGACACUAUGAAGGUGAGGUUUUGGCAGCAACACCCCAGAAGUGGAAAGGGAAUGUCUCUCAGCUACGUAUUCUCAACCCAUAUGUCACCUAUGAAGUGACAUGCAAACUGCUGCAGCUGAAGAUGUCAAGUUGGAGAUAUGCCACCAUGGGAAUCAUUGCUUUGAACUUAGCUCUCCAUAUGUGCCAAGAGGUCAAUAUUGCAGGCUUUGGUUACCCUGGCAACCAUGACACUACUGUGCCAAUACAGUAUUACAAUAGGGGUUGCUCACAGGGAAAAAAAAAAUGAGCUUUGCCUCUCUUUCUCUUUGAGCACAAUACCACUGCUGAGAGGAACUGGCUGCUGAAAACGAUUGAGUUGGGAGUGAUUGCAGACAUAGCCAGCCCUUCUUUCCAGGCCCAGGACUAA